UGAGUUUCUCCGGGAUCUUGUUUAUUUUCCCUGAAUUUUUUCUUCUCUCUCACCUACAUGACAGAAACUUGAGAGAAGCUGCACAAAGUCACAAAGCUUUGCUUUCAGUAGACGCAAGAACACCAUGGAGGAAACAUCAGAAAAAGCUCCUGUUGAGGCUUACGGUAGCGUGAGCCUGAAGCCCAGAGGGUUUAUGCGUCUCAGGAGGACGGCGGUCGUCGCCUUCAUCGCCGGAGCCGUACUGCUGCUGUUUGGAGGCAUUGGAGCUUUUUACCUGUGGAAAGUCACUGAAAAAGAAGCGAUCAGUGCUCACUACAGUAGGAACAUCGAUAUAAAGAUGAUAGAGGAAGAUUCCGAUGCUGGAGAAGGGAAAAUUGUGGAAGUUCAAGACUUUAAAGCUGGCAUCACAGCUGUCAAGUUUCCUGGAAAAGAGAAGUGUUACAUCAAAUCACAAGUCAGAACUGAACUUUCUGAGGAGGAAGACACUGUGGCAGUAAAAUCUGAAGUGGCGUCUCUGGUUUGGAUAGCAUCUGAAGAACCACUGAAGGACAACAGUUUUCUGAGCCCUGAGAUACUGAGAUUCUGUGGAGAUCUUCCCAUUUACUGGCAUCAUCCUGCAAACGCCAGAGCACUGAGGAAGAGGAGAAGUGUGACGCGGGUGAGACGGCAGAGUACAGGUGGAUCAAACAGACAACAGGCGAGACGUCGAAACUCAACAAGUUCAGUCAGAGAGGAGGAACGGCCUGAGUACAACCCUGAGAAUCCUUAUCAUAAUCAGGAGGGUUCGGAGGGACACAUGGUAUUCGAUCCCAUGUUGGACCAUCGUGGGAUCUGCUGUACCGAAUGUCAUCGCAGUUACACCCAUUGCGAGAGAGUAUGCGAGCCACAUUUGGGCUACUGGCCGUGGCCCUACAACUACCACGGCUGUCGGCAGGUCUGCAGGGUCAUCAUGCCGUGCCGCUGGUGGGCGGCUCGUAUGCUGGGUCUCGUGUAAGGCCUGCGGUUUCUAGCUAAAGUCACAGCAGAUCUGCCCUUUAAGUCCAUAUGAGCUAUAAUGAGGUAUCAAAGCGACUCAAAGCUCCAGUGUAACCAACAAAUGUCAGACAUGGAUGUGUUUUGAUAUACAAAUAAACAUAACUAGCACUAGUUGAGAAUAUGUAGAGUGUUUUUAGGACUAUCCAAAGAUGUUUUUUGAAUGAUAUACACUUAAAGGUAACACUUGCAUUAGUUAUAAUGCUUCUACAGUAUUUAUUAAUCUUAAUGUUAAUUUCUACAUUUACUAAUACAUUUUUAGAUGUGUUAACAUUAGUUAAUGCACUGUGAGCUAACAUGAACAUAUGUAUUAACUUGCAUUAAGAAAGAUUAAUAAAUGCAGUGCAGUUAGUAGUUGGUCAUUGCAUUAAUCAAUGUUAACAAAUUGUAAAGUGUAAAGUUUGUCCAACCAGUGUGUAUGAAAACAGUCAUUCAUUUUGCAAUUCUGUUUGGUACUGCAAGUGGCACAGAAAUUAAAUCUUCAGUUUUACAUGAACUUUAUAAAAUGCAAACUGGAAAAUACUCUUCUACAGCUUCCAGUUCAUUAACAAGUUCUGAGUGGGAUGAAACUAAUGUCAUCUGGUGUCUCGGAGUUGCAACCUAAUUUUUCAAAAUCCUCUGCGUAGGCAUUAAUAACUCAUUAAGCUUAGGCUUGGUUUGCUAUGAAAUAAAUAAGAUAACACGACAGUAAUCGUUCGGCUAAUCCAUGAAUUAACCCACUGCGAUCUGCAAGGUUUAAAACACCUUCUGAGCUUUUCAUAAAUGGUUUUAGUGUAUGUCAACUUUUUGAAAUGAAAAGCACAUCACUUUGUUUAGAAACGAGGUUCAAAGGUCUGGUGUGUUUUUUCUCCCCCCAUUUAUAUUUGCAAAUAAAAAAUGGGGGAUUCUGACACAUUUAAAACCAAUUUAUGAUGUAAAAUGAAGCAGAAAUAUUUCACAUCGUGCACUACUUUAUAACUUUCUGUGUGCAGGUGGUCAGAUUUUCAUUCAUCGCUCAAAUUGUGUUGCUGAUAAUAAUUUGUAGUGAACAUGUACAGUAUUAAAACACAGGCAUUUUCACUCUUAUGGACCCAUAAAUCUCUCUCAUCAUCUUAAACUAACAUGAGUUCUGUGCUACUGUUGCUGAACGAGUCACCUAAAUAAAAUAUGAUAUUUCAAAUAUAAAAACAA